AUGAAAGAAGUGAUCAAUGUCGCAGGUCCUGUAGCAAGGAUUGUCGAACGCCCGAUUCCGGAGCCAAACGAUGACCAGGUCCUUAUCAAAGUGGUGGUCUCCGGAUCGAACCCUAAGGAUUGGAAGAUCCCAGAUCUUGUGGCUUCCUGGGACUCUACCCAUGGAAUAUGGCUUGAAGCGAAGAAAGGGCUAAAUCAAGGAGAUGAUAUUGCUGGCCUUGUUGAAAAGGUCGGCUCUAACGUGGUUGAAUUCAAACCAGGUGAUCGUGUCGCAGCGUUUCAUGAAAUGUGCACACCCGGCGGCUCGUAUGCGGAGUAUGCAAUUGCUUGGAGCCAUACGACGUUUCAUCUGCCCAAACAUACAUCAUUUGAAGAGGCCGCGACGAUCCCUCUCGCAGCGCUGACCGCUGCUGUGUCUCUGUAUGCGCAUCAUCGCCUCCCCACCCCAUGGGCCCCCGCUAUGAGGUCGAUUCCAUUCAUUGUUUACGGUGCGAGCACAGCUGUCGGGUCGUUUGCUAUCAAAUUGGCGUUUAAUAGCAACAUCCACCCCAUCAUUGCAAUCGCCGGGAAGGGUUCUCAUUACGUGGAAAGACUUAUUGAUCGGAGCAAAGGCGAUACGAUUAUUGAUUACCGGGGAGGGGUUGAGGCCACAGUGCAAGAAAUAAAAAGCAGCCUGGAACAAGCUGGCCACACUUCUGCGCAGCAUGCCCUGGAUGCUGCCAUCGUUCCGGAGAGUGCAGAGGUGUUGCGGCGAUCUGUCGUUGCUGGCGGACAGGUUGAUUUUAUAUUGCCCAACAACCUUGACGUGUUGCCUGCCAUCAAAUCAAUCACUUCCGUUGGUUCUGUACACAAUCAACCUGAGUACGAAAACAACGAGGAACUAGGAUUUGUGUUCUCCAGGUAUUUUACAAGGGCAUUGCAGAGCAACAGAUUUUCUGGUCACCCUUUCGAAAUCAGACCAGGUGGCCUGGAAGGGGUUGAGGAAGCAUUGAAUGAUCUGAAGGCGGGGAAAGCCAGCGCCACAAAGUACAUUUUCCGCAUUGCUGAUACACCAGGAUUAGCGUCGCGUUGA